GCUGAAAAACUUAGCAAUCAGCUCCUUUUGCAUGCAAGAAAAAAACUGUAUCCUGGGUGAAUUGCCUGUAAAUAAUUCACCAAUCAUAUUUGCAUUCUCAUCUGAGGCACGAUGCCGAAAUUUUUGGGAUUAGUGUGAAUAAACCUGAUGUUACUAGAAAUGGAAAUGCUUUAAAGUUUCCUCAAGCAUGAUUGUUGGACCAUUUGUGUUAGAAAUCAUUAUUACAUUUCUUUUGGUUGCUUACUUGUUACAAAAAUAUGGAAACUGUAGAAAAAACCAUGUGUUAGUUACUGUGAAUGUUUUCAUUGCAUGGUACUUUUCUUUCAUCAUUAUUGUUAUCUUGCCAUUAGAUGUGUCCUCAACUGCUUACCGACAGUGUUUUCGUGAUAAGGAAAUUGCUUCUUCGACGAUCAGACCUGCGAAUGGUUCUGAAAAUGUUAGCAGAUCUAUCUAUCCGAGUAAAGAUGACUGUUUAAUGCCAUGGAGUUAUGUUUCCGACAAUGUCUUGCAGAGUUUAUGGCGUAUAGUGUAUUGGACUGCUCAGACAUUAACUUGGGUUGUAUUACCCUUGAUGCAAUCCUAUUCAACUGCAGGAGACUUCACUGUUUCUGGAAAAUUGAAAACUGCACUUGUAGAAAAUGCCAUUUAUUAUGGUAGUUAUCUUCUUAUAUUUGGGACACUUUUGAUCUAUGUUAUGAUGCAACCUAAAAGUAAUCUUGAUGGGUCUCAUCUUAAAGUUGUUUGUAUUACUGCUAGUAAUACUUGGGGCCUAUUUCUACUUGUUCUUCUAGAAGGUUAUGGACUGGUUGAAAUUCCUCGUAGUUUAUGGAACGCAACUAAAAAAGGAUUUAUGUUAAAUUAUCUUUACUUCAAAGCAUCAAAGAUUAGUAGUGAAAGAUGUGAAGCUGAAGAAAAACUGGAUGAUUUAACUGAAGAAAUCGUACGCAUAUCAGAUUCUACCUCUGUCAAUCAUCCUACUAGGCCAUACGUUGAUUUGAUUUUAGAAAAAUUGCCAACUGAGCGAAAGUCAAUCACUCAAUUCAGACGGUCUAGAGAAGAGGGGCAUUAUACUCUGGAUGGUAUAAGCGAAAGAGGUUUGGCUAAACUGCAUAAACAGGUACAUUUUAAGAUUAUAAGCAAAUUAUUUUAAUAUUUUGUACAUUUUGAUCUUAAUGAAUGAAGUAUAGAAUGAUGAGACUCUUAUAUAUCGUACUUGACUUUGUGUAGUGUGUUAGUCACAAUUUUUGCAACGAAAAUAAGUUAGGAGCAAAAUUACUCCACAGUUCUGGGAUGACAGAUGGUUUAUUGUUAGUAAUUACCAAGAAUUCGUUUAAAAUCCUAUUAAACAAUAGGACAAAGGGAAAGGUUAAAAAUUUUUUUUUUAAAGAACUUGAAAUGAAAUAUUUUUAAAUAGGCUAGAAAAAACUUAAAUGAGUAUUUUCUGUCCGCUAAAUUUUUAUUCCAUCACUGAAAUACUAUUAAAAAUAAAAUAUAUAGUUAAUUUUAUCUUUGUUCAUUAUGUUUCGUAAUUGAAGGGCUCCCAAACUUUCCAUGUUGUGGCACCCUUAUAUAGCUUAUUCUAUGAUAUUUGAAAUAAUCUCACCUCACACUCAUGUUCAACAGUACAAUUGUUAUUAUAUGUUUCUUAUAUACCUAGUGUAUACAACUCUAUCUUAAAAAUCAUUCAAGUACUUAAAUUGUAAAUAAUAGAAAAGCAUUAAAUUGUAAAUAAUAAAAAGCAUUAUUUUUAUAUUGUUAUUCUGUACAAGAAAAUAUAAACAAAAAGAAGUUACCGUCCCCAAUAAAAGGUAUCAUGAAUUCGUUUCAUACGAUGGUUGAGCUUGCUGCUCAUUACAUAACUUUUUAAAUCGCAGAAUAAAGCUUAAUAUGACUGCUCACAUUUGUAUUUUAAUAUUAAUUUUCAAGCUUUUUAAAACUGUUGAAAACCUAACUGAUAUGAAAUAGCAUAGAGAAUGCUCAUAACUUUUUCACUUGAAGCACUGUCUUGCCUUUUUCCCUUUUGAGUAGCAACAAAUAACUAUAAAAUAACUUAUACUAGACUUUAAAUCAUAGGCACUAAACACUUCAAGGCAUUUCACAUUUGGAAAGCCCCCGUUGUAAUGAAUUUGCUAAAUCCUAAUCUGAGCAAAAAAAUAAGCAUAGCAAGGUGUUGGUCUUUUUAUUUAUUUAUUUAUUUUUUGUUCAUUUUCUGUCCAUAGUAUUUGGAAAUUAAAACAUAACAAUUUCCAUUUCUUUGUCAGUAUCACUGUGGUUAAAGCACAAUAGCUUUUUAAUGUGUAGUAUAUCAAAUUCAUAUGAUGUACAAUAUGUAAAAAUAUUCUACCAAUCCUCUGACAAUGCAUUCUUAGAUCUCCAUAUUUUAAAAGAAAUAAAAGAAAUUUUUUUAUUUUAUCAAAUUUUAUUCUUCUUUACAAAUUUGGAAUUCGAUGUUAAAGAGGUGAUAGACGAACUUUUUUUCAUUAAUUACAAUUUUCUUUUCAUUUGCCACGUGUCUUAUCACUUCUUAAAAAAUGUUAAAAAAAACUAUUAUACUAAACAUUUUGUGAUCAUGGCAAAUUGUAAUCAUGCUGUACCGUACUACAUAUAAAAUUAAUAUUCAAGUGAUCAAUGUUUUCAUGGUGCUAUAUUUCAGAUACAAUGGAGUAUUUUAAAUUUAAUUUUUAACAUUCCAAUGUUGAAAAAAAAAUUUGUAGGUCAUGUAGCAACACAGAUUAAAACUGUCACUGUGUAAUC